AUGACGGAACGCGGUGAGAUCGCGGCGCCGAGGUACGCGCGAGCGACGAUUGGACUCGGGCUCGGGGUCGGCGUGACGCCGGUGCGGGCGCUCGGGGACGGGGUGGACGGGUCGACGCGCGCGCGGACGACGCCGAGGGCGCUGCCGGUGACGGAGAACGGUUUGGGGGGAGACGUGAUUGAUUUUUCGCACAUCGAUCGAACGCCGGUGCGGAACGAACCGGGGAGCGCGAGUGCGGCGGCGGUGAAGGCGCUCGCGGCGGCGGCGACGGCGGAGGAGGAGGCGGAGGAGGAGUAUUGGGAUCCGAAUGAAAACCCGCGGUGGUGCCCGCCGGGGACGGUGGAGCGGUUGAGAAACUUACAGUCACCGCUCAUCCGACUGCACAACGAGAUUGUGGAUUUUAGUCGGUUUUUGGAACCGACGGAGGCGGAGGCGUCGUCUCGCACGGCUGCGGUCGAACGCGUGCGAGACGUCGUGAAGGGCAUUUGGCCGAACGCUCGAUUCGAGGUGCACGGUUCGUUCGCCACGGGUAUGUAUCUCCCGGGAUCUGACAUCGACGCCGUCAUCUUGGAUAGCGGGGCAAAAAAUCCAGGGGUGUGUCUCAAAGCGCUCGCGAUCGCGCUCGCUCGACGAGACAUGGCGAUUAAGAUUCAACUCAUCGCCAAGGCGCGCGUGCCCAUCGUCAAGUUUGAAGAAGUGGAGAGCGGGCACCAGUUCGACAUUAGUUUCGACGUCGCGAACGGACCGGCGAGCGCUGAAAUCGUGCGCGAGAACAUGCGUCGAUUUCCUGCGUUACGACCACUGACGACGGUGCUCAAAGCGUUUCUCGCCCAGCGCGGUCUCAACGAGGUUUACUCGGGCGGCAUCGGCUCGUACGCGCUACUGUGCAUGGUCAUGGCGCACUUACAACUGCACAACACGACGUGCAAGUCCACCUGGGCUGGAUCGCACGGCGCCAGCGACGCGAGUGAAGGGUGCUUGGGCACGCUUCUCAUCGACUUCUUCGAGCUCUUCGGACGACGGCUCAACGCGGAGGAGGUCGGGAUCUCGUGCGGCGGCAAGGGACCGGGCUUCUUCAAGAAGCGCGACCGGGGAAUGUUCGAAGAGAAUCGACCGUUUCUCUGGGCAAUCGAAGACCCGCAAGAUGAAACGAAUGAUCUGGGCAGGAACUCGUACGCGUGCAGGCAAGUGAAGAGCGCGUUCGACCACGCGUUCACCGUGAUAACCGCGCCGGUGGAUAGCAAGAAUGGGUUCUUGCUUCGUCGCAUCGUACAGAUGGAUCCUUCUUGGUACAAAACGCGGCAACCGCCCGAGGGACCGGGUGAGAUUCGCGGUGUCGCGUUAGAUUUUCCAAAGUACGUCGAAAUGGGACGGAAGCGCGCGGCGCACGAGGCGAAGCAGCGAAAGCAGGCUUUGAAUGCGAAGAAGGCAGACACACAGGUGAAGCCAGCGAAAUCGAAGAAGCGGGCGCGUGUUGAGGACGAAGAGGAAGAGGAAGGCGCAAUCGAAGUUGACAAAGAUUCGUCCACAUCAGAGAGUGGUGAGACCGGGAAGCGCAGGAAGAAGGAAACCAAGCGCAAAGGUGUCGACGAGCAGGCGCCGCCUAAAACAAAAUCAAAAGGAUAUUUCGCCAAGGGACGUCCGAAUUCUAAAAAGCAAAAGAAGUGA